AGAACUCCUUCGUUCCACUAUCUGUAAUCAUACUCUGAAAUCUCACUUUCUCAGUGCAACAAUUAUGAUCCAAGACGAGGCAUCCCUCUUCCACAACUCCCUCCUCGCUCUCUUCCUCAUUGCACCCCCUACCUUCCUCUCCCUCACCUUCCUCCAAGCCCCCUACGGCAAGCACCACAGGCCCGGCUGGGGGCCCAACCUCCCGCCCCCCCUCGCCUGGCUCCUCAUGGAAAGCCCAACGCUCUGGCUCACCCUCCUUCUCUUCCCCCAUGGUCUCCACUCCCACAACCCCAAAGCCCAAACCCUCAUCACCCCCUUCCUCCUCCACUACUUCAACCGUACCAUCAUCUACCCUCUCCGUCUCCUCUUCACCCCUUCCAGAAAAACCGCCUCGGGCUUCCCACUCUCCGUCGCCCUCAUGGCCUUCGUCUUCAACCUUCUCAAUUCCUAUCUCCAGACCCGUUCAAUCUCCCACUACCACGCCCAUUAUACUUCCUCGGGCUUUUUCUGGGUCCGAUUUUUUAUUGGGCUUUUGGUGUUUUUGUGUGGGAUGGGGAUUAAUGUGUGGGCCGAUAGGGUUUUGCUGCGGCUGAAGAGCGAGGGGAAGGGCUACGUGGUGCCCAGGGGAGGGUUGUUCGACCUCGUUGCGUGUCCUAAUUACUUUGGGGAGAUUGUGGAGUGGUUGGGCUGGGCUGUCAUGACUUGGUCAUGGGCUGGGCUUGGCUUUUUUCUUUAUACUUUUGCUAACCUCGGGCCCAGGGCACGUGCCAACCGCAGGUGGUAUUUGGAAAAGUUUGGAGAGGAUUAUCCGAAGCAAAGGAAGGGUGUUAUUCCCUACUUGUAUUGAUCAUUCUUCUUUUGUUUUUUGUUGCAUUGUAAUUGGGGAUGUGAAAUGGGAUUAAGGGGGAAAACCACCAAUAAUUUUAUGGUGUUUAUGACGAUGAUGCAUUGUUGCUCGAAGUUGUCUGCCUAAUCUCAUUCUGAGAUCAAGGGGUUUUUCUUAAAUUUUAAAUUACAAUUUUGGUGAUUUUAUUUUUCA